AGCUUGAAGCAGAUCACACAGACGUUUUGAAGCUUGUAGAUCGUGAGCUGGAAAAAAAGUCGACUACUACCGGUGUCGACGAAUAUGAGCGCCUUACUAAAAUUGGCCAGGGAACGUUCGGUGAAGUUUUCAAGGUUCGCCACAAAAUGACCAAGAAGCAUUACGCUCUAAAGCGCUUAAAAAUGGAACAAGAAACAGAAGGUUUUCCGAUUACAGCCCUUAGAGAAAUUCGCAUAUUAAGUUCCCUAAAUCAUGAAAAUAUCGUUUGCCUGAGAGGAAUAUGCCACAAAAAAAACAAUCCGUCUAGUAAUUAUCGAUAUGAAUUUUAUCUUCUUUUCGAUUUCUGCGAUCACGAUUUGGCUGGCCUUUUAAGUCAUAAGCUAUUAUCACCUGCAAAUUAA